UGUAGCUUCCUCUUCGCAUCCAUUUUCCCGAGGAGUGUAACUUGGUAUUUGCAUUUUCGUUGUUUUGAAGGAAAUUUUUAUUAAUAAUGUCUGGAGCUGGUCGUAAUGAUUGUAGAAUAUACGUUGGAAACCUUCCACCGGAUAUUCGUACUAAAGAUAUUCAAGAUUUAUUCUAUAAAUUCGGUAAAGUAACAUUUGUCGAUUUAAAAAACCGACGCGGUCCGCCAUUUGCAUUCGUCGAAUUUGAAGAUCCAAGAGAUGCCGAUGAUGCUGUUCAUGCUAGAGAUGGAUAUGACUAUGAUGGUUAUAGACUAAGAGUUGAAUUUCCUCGAGGAGGCGGCGGACACGGUGGUGGCGGUGGAUUUAGAGGAGGACGAGGCGGAGGAGAUAGAGGAAGAGGCUCUAGAGGACCCCCUGCUCGCAGAUCUCAGUUUAGAGUUCUAGUUACAGGAUUACCACCGUCAGGAUCUUGGCAAGAUUUGAAAGAUCAUAUGAGGGAAGCAGGAGACGUGUGUUUUGCGGAUUCUUUCAAGGAUGGUUCAGGAGUUGUGGAGUUUUUGAGAUAUGAAGAUAUGAAAUAUGCAAUUAAGAAAUUAGACGAUUCCAGAUUUAGGUCUCACGAGGGUGAAGUGGCAUAUAUUCGCGUCAAAGAAGACAAAGGGGGUAGUGAAAGAAGAUCUGGUGGUAGAUCAAGAAGCCGUUCGUUUUCACCACGUCGUCGCGGUUCUCCUACCUACAGCCCCGUCAAGAGAAGUUUCUCUAGGAGCCGUUCUCGUUCAUAAUUAUCUAAAUUUGGAUAUUAUGUAUGUAUAAUUCUUUUCAGGGCAGUUUUCUAUAGAUUUAGCUCUAUUCGUUUUUAUUUUACGAAUUUUUUAUAAUUUUGAUUAAUUCCUGAAGUGUUUUAAUUUUAUCGUAAAGGAACAAUAUGCUCUGGGAAUUUGUUUGUAAUAAUUUACUAUGCGAUAAUUUUAUAUAAUUUUUUUUUAUCGAAAAAUUUGUGUGUUGUACAUUCCUACUAUAUUUUAACUAUGGAUUUAAAGCGCUGCAAAACCAAAAGAAAUUUCUCGACGCUCAUUUAUUUUUUUAUAUAAAUGAUUGAAUUCAUUGAAUUUUUUGACUUUUGGUUUUUGUCAUUGAAAUUCGUCUUUAGACCCAUUUUUAAAAAUAGUGAUAAGAUAAUAGGCACUAAUGUAUUAAUUUUUUGUUUUCUGAUUCUGGUACCUUUGCUGACCUGUGUUAUCAGCGUUGGACGAUUUUGGAAAAAAUAAAAAAAAUAAGAUAAAAAUAAUGGCGUAGAAUUCUGUUAAAACACCCAGUUAAAACUGAUAAGGAAGGAGGGAGAGAGAGAGAGGAAUUAUGAAUAAUAUAUGUAUAUAAAUAUAUUAUUGGAUUUAUGACAGGAGUGGAGGGAAAGGAUUUUGUCUAAACUAGGAUUUUUCGUGGGAUUUAUAGGAUUAGGACAAAUAAUAAAUAAAGGAAUUUGUGAGGAUCGGGAAAGGAUUAUUGGACAGCUUGGAUUUUUAUUUCGAUAAGUAUAUUUCAUGGCUGUUUAAAUUUUCAUUCUGAUUGUUGGAGUUUCUUAAAUUUUUUCACCUUUUUAGUUUUUUAAUUUUUAAUCUUUACAAAGAAAUUUCAAAACUUGUUUUGAUAUUUUAUUUCUCAUAAAUUUUUUAAUAAAAUUUGUAAUUUUCCGUAUUUUCAAAUUUUUUUGUUUUUCAAAAUUAUAAAUUUUCGGAGAAAAUUACUGAAUAUACAAUAUAAUUGCUGAGAAUUAUUUAUUUUUUGAAUUGUUUCACCUUUUUCUGUUUUUCAAAUUUUAUUCAAACUAUUCUGAGGAAUUUACAGUAAGGUAAAAUAUUUGUUUUAUCCUUCUGAAAUUCUUUUAUUCCUGAGUAAUAUAUACACUGAUCAAAUUUCAUUUGUUAUACUUGAAUUAUCGGUUUUUUCCAAGGAAAAGUUGAAACCUAUUUUAAUAUUUAUUUUAAUUCACAUAAUUAUUGAAAAUUUUUAUUAAAAUUUGUAAUUUUGUGGUUUUUCCAAAUUUUUUUCAUAAUUCUUUUCAAUUUUAUGAUGAUUUACUCAUUAAUCAAAUUACGUUUGUUUUAUUCUUUAUUUAAAUUUAAUUUCUUCAAAUUUUCGAAUUUAUUUUAUUUUACUUUCUUUCGUUGUCUUUAUAUUUCUUCCUAUUUUUCCCCAUAAACCGAAUUUUUUUUAUCAAAAUUCAUGUCCGGUUUUUUACCAUUAUUUUUCUUCAAAUUUAUUUCUAUUUUUAGUGUUUUUUCUCAUAUUUUCCAAAUAUUCAUGAUAUUAAAAUAGUCUGUUUAUAUUGAUUUUAGUCGUAUUUUGACAAAUAAAGCUUAAUAUUAAAAAAAGAGUUAAUUAUGAGAUUGUAACAAUUUCCUCCAGUUUUUUAACUUUUUCCUAUUGAAUAGAAUAAUUAAUUUCAAAUUUUCCAAUUUUUUUUGUAUUUUUAAUAUAUUUAAUAUAUUGAUGGAAUUAUGUUGUAUAUAUCUAGAAAGGGUUCAAAUUUGCUACUGAUUAUUUUUGAUUUUUUAUCGUUUUUCUUUAUAAAAAAUGAAUUAUUGCAAACAAAAUCAACAAAUACAUGAAAAAAAUAAUAAAAACCAUUUAAUUGCUACGAAAUUUCAUUGAUUUUUGUCAUUUUGCCAUGAAUAAAUUCAUUAAAUAUGGAUAGCCAUGAAGUAUACUUUGGAUUUUCAAAUUUUGGACGUUCGGAAUUAAGAGGAGAGUGCUUAGGAGGAAAUGUGGCUAUAGGAGGAUUUUCGGAUGAUAUUAAAAAUUGGAAGGAAAAUAAUCUGGUAAAUAAACCAUUUUUAUAUCAUUGUUAACAUUUUUAAAAUGACUUUCUGUUUUAAAAUGCAUUAAAAAUGAAAACAGUUUUCGCUCUUUUACUAACUAGUUUUUUUCUGUUUCUGCGUUUUCUAAUAGUUUGAACUUGGUGGUGGAAUUAAGAUAAGUUUAAUUUCUCUUGGAAUUUUACAAUUUUUAUAUUUGUAUUUUGAGCUCAAAAAUUCUUUUGAAUUCUAUAGAUUUUUAUAAUGGAAUUUGCAAAUUUCUUAUUUUGAGAUCUCAGGAAUUUUGUCAUAUUUUUUCUAAUUUUAACUUUUAUAUUCUGUAUUAAUCUAAAUAUCAUGUUUUUUAUGACAAAAAUUUCAGAUUUCAUGAAUUUUUUCGGUAUUAUUUUGAUUUUGAUGUUUUUUUUUAUUUUUUCAAUAAGGUUUUUGUGUUUUGACUUUAUCUUUAGAUUUCCAUUUUCUCAGUGUAUUUUUUCGUAUUUUCUCAAAUUUUAAUUAUAUAUGAAUUUUCUCGUAUUUUUUUUAAUUUUAAUAUCUACUUUUUCUAUCAAUUUUGUUCGAAUUUCCAAACAACUUAUUUCAAAUUUAACUGAAUUUUUUAGCGUUUCGACUUUUCUUUGGAUUUUCAAUAUCUCAGUCUAUUUUUUAGAUGUUUUUCCAUAUUUUUUCACUUUCAAUUUUUAUAUUCAAAUUUAAUCAAGAGAUUUUAUUCGAAGUUCCAAAUUUUUUCGUAUUCAUGUAAAUUUUACGUUUUUAAGGCAGAAAUUUCCGAUUUAGGAAUUUUUCUGUAUUAUUUUUUGAUUUUAAUUUUAUUUGUGGGAUUUCUUCAAUAAAUUUUGUUCGAAUUUCUGGAUGACUUAUUUCGAAUUUAUCUCAGUAUUUUGAGUUUUUCAACUUUCUUCGAAUUUCCAUUUUCUCUAUUUCUAUUUUUUGAUGUAUUUCCGUAUUUUUUUUAAAUUAUAAGUUUCAUAUUCGAAUUUUCUAAUUAUUUUGAAUUCAUAUAAAUUUUCAAAGUUUUUUUUAAAACAUUUCAUAUUUUACUAAUUUUCAAUCUCUCAAUCUAGUUUUUUUAUGUUUUCUCAUUUUUUGAUUUUUUUUUUCAUAUUCAAUUUUUGCCUCUACUUUCCAAAUUGUCCGUAAAGUUCGGUUAAUACCCAAAUAAUACUAACCUUUUUUUGUGUCUUAAAUUUUUUCACUAGGAUUUUUCAAGUCCUCCCUAAUUUCCAGUUUCUCUACAACUUUUCAUAAUUUCACGAGUUUUUUCCGCAUUUUUAAUUUUAUGUGUCCAAUUUCCGAAUUGUUAAUUUUUUUUGGAAAUUUAACUGAUAUUUUGGUACUUCCAAAUUCUUACUAAAGAAUAUGUAAUCAAAUCUCUAUUUUUCUUUGAAAAGGUUUUUUAUCUCAAUUUUCCAAUAUUUUUACAAAAUUUUUGCAUUUUAGUUCUUCAAUUUGAGUUUUCUUGAAAUUAAUUCUUAAUUUUCAAUAUAUUUAUAUGAAAAAAUCAAUAAAAAUCAUAAAUGGAAGGAAUAAAACUGAAUCCAUACAUUUAAAAUCGUUUUGUUUUCCACAUCUUAAUCCCACCACAAACUAUUGUUGCGGACACAAUUUUUUUUUUUUCAAAAUUUCUUCAACGUAUCUCAUUUUUAAUUUUAAACAUUAAAAAACAGUGACAGAAUUUGAUUAAACACUUCUAAAUCUUAUUAAUUUGUCGAAUUUAUUCCUUAUUUAAUCCUGUAUACAUAUUAAGAUGAUUUUUAGGAUGUGAGUGUUUGUGUUGUGCGAAUGAUAAGAUGAGAAAAAUUUUGCGCUAAUUUUUUUUAAAAAAAUAAAAUAAAAAUGAGAUACUUUCCUCAUCUUAACAACAAUAUCAUCGGUGAAAAAGUAAAAAAAAAAGUUUGUAAAUAAAUUAUUUUUUGCCACGCGGUAGGUCUCGCAUUCUGGAGACUUCCGAGAGGAUCAGGAUGUGAAAUUUUCUAGGAUAAAGAUAGGAUAUAUUCCGAAAUAUGUAGGGUAACUAAAUGACGUUCGAAAAAAAAAUUAAAUAAAAAGAGCAAGUGGAAGAUACUUCGCAGAAAUAUUAUUACUAGCUUUUCCUAAGAGUGUCGACGUUUCUGAAAAAUAUUUUUCGUUCGUUUCAAAGGAUUUGAGGAUCUGUUUGCAGGUAUAAUUAAUUUUUUUUAUUUUUUGUGUUGUUUGUAUCUAUUUGAUUCUUGAAUAAACUUCUUUUCCACUA